AUCGAUAUGCUCGGCGGUCGUGUUCACGUCCUUAGGCUGGUUAAAGGAUUUCAGAGAGAAUCGAGCAGAGUCAAACAUGGAGAAAAGUGUUGUUUCCCUCCAAGAACAGGCCCUCAAAAGGAAAGAGAGGCUUAAAGCCCUGCGAGACAAACAGCUGCACGGGCGAGAACAGAGUGACGGGGAGCCAGAAAACAAAAGAGCCGCGGUGGAGGAGGCGACUGAACAGAAACACAGAGAGCUGAAGCUGAGGAACUACACCCCAGAGGACGAGGAGCUGAAAGAGAGACAGGUGCCCAAAGCCAAGCCUGCAUCAGUGGAAGAUAAAGUAAAGGACCAGUUAGAGGCAGCCAAUCCGGAGCCCAUCAUCGAAGAAGUGGAUUUGGCUAACCUUGCCCCAAGAAAACCAGACUGGGAUUUGAAGCGUGAUGUGGCGAAGAAGCUGGAGAAGUUGGAGAGGAGAACACAGAGGGCCAUCGCCGAGCUUAUUCGCGAUCGUCUGCGAGGCAGCGAGGAGGAGCUGGCGGCAGCGGUGGGAGCAGUAGGAGCCGAGGAGGGAGACUCCGACUGACUGUGGCAAGAAAUAUAAAGGAAUCUAACCUGGGAUGGACUCGGUUCGCUGGGACUGUACUGACACGUCUGUGUUGUGAAUACAGAGGAGGCAGCUGUCAUUGUACGUUUCUCGUCAGGCCUCCGUAUGAGUCAAAACUUCAACAUUGUACUAUUACGUUUGAGUUUGUAAUGGUGCAUUCUGUAUAUGUGGCUUAUUAAGGUGCAUUGUUAUGUAUCAGCAAUAAUUUGUUGUAUUUUCUAUAAAAUAAGAUUUUUU